GCAGGGCAGGGCCGCGGCGGUUCUCCCGUGGCGGCGGCCGGCCCCACCUGAGGGGCCUCCGCCUGCAAACCCCACCCCCGGCCGCUCCCCCGCCGGCCAGGCCCGGCCCAUGGCCCGGCGCUCGGCGGGCUGCGCGGCGGCUCGGGGCGGCCGCUUCCUGCCCACACCAGUCGGGCCCGCAGGUAACGGCGGCCGCAGCUCGGCUGCGCCAUGCGCGACUACGAGGAGGUGACCGCCUUCCUGGGCGAGUGGGGCCGCUUCCAGCGCCUCGUCUUCUUCCUCCUCAGCGCCAGCAUCGUCCCCAACGGCUUCAACGGCCUCUCCAUCGUCUUCCUGGCCGGCACCCCCGAGCACCGCUGCGCCGUGCCCCGCGGGGCCAACCUGAGCGGCGAGUGGCGCAACGCCAGCAUCCCGCUGGAGCUGCGGGACGGGCAGGCGGCGCCGAGCCGCUGCCGCCGGUACCGCCUGGCCGCGCUGGCCAAUUUCUCGGCGCUGGGGCUGCGGCCCGGCUUCGACGUGGAGCUGGCGUCGCUGGAGCAGGAGCCGUGCCUGGACGGCUGGGAGUACAGCCGCGACGUCUAUCGCUCCACCAUCGUCACCCAGUGGAACCUGGUCUGUGACAACGACUGGAAGGGACCCCUCAGCACCUCCCUGUUCUUCGUGGGUGUCCUGCUUGGAUCUUUUGUCUCAGGACAGCUCUCAGACAAGUUUGGCAGGAAAAAUGUGCUGUUUGCGACUCUGGCAAUGCAGACUGGCUUCAGCUUCGUACAGGUCUUCUCUACCAGCUGGGAGAUGUUUUCGGUGUUCUUUGUGCUGGUCGGCAUGGGACAGAUCUCUAACUACGUGGCAGCGUUUGUUCUUGGCACAGAAAUUCUUGGCAAAUCAAUUCGUGUGCUGUUCUGCACGCUGGGCGUUUGCAUAUUUUAUGCAUUUGGCUACAUGUUGCUGCCCCUGUUUGCUUACUUCAUCAGAGACUGGCGGAUGCUGCUGCUGGCGCUUACUUUACCUGGGCUGCUCUGCAUCCCGCUCUGGUGGAUCAUUCCGGAAUCUCCGCGGUGGCUGAUCUCCCAGGGAAGAUUUCAAGAGGCAGAAGACAUCAUCCGAAAGGCCGCAAAAAUUAAUGGCAUUACAGCCCCAGAUGUUAUAUUUGACCCUAGUGAGCUGCAAGAUAUGAAUUCCCAGAAGCAGCAGACGUACACCAUUUUGGAUCUAAUGAGAACCCGGAAUAUCCUAACUAUCACAAUUAUGUCAGUGAUUCUUUGGAUGAUAAUCUCUGUUGGUUAUUUUGGACUUUCUCUGGACACACCUAACUUGCACGGAGAUGUCUUUGUGAACUGCUUCCUCUCGGCAGUGAUUGAAGUUCCAGCCUACAUUAUUUCCUGGCUGCUGCUUCGAAACCUGCCCCGACGGUAUUCAAUGGCUGCCGCGUUAUUCUUGGGAGGCUGUGUUCUUCUCUUCAUUCAGCUGGUGCCUUCACAUAUUCGUGCAGUAUCUAUUCUGCUGGUGAUGUUAGGGAAAUUUGGGAUCACGUCAGCCUUUUCAAUGGUUUAUGUUUAUACUGCUGAGCUCUACCCAACGGUGGUGAGAAACAUGGGAGUUGGAGCCAGUUCCAUGGCCUCUAGACUGGGCAGCAUCCUCUCGCCUUACUUCGUUUACCUCGGUGCCUACGAUCGAUUCCUGCCUUACAUCCUGAUGGGGAGCCUGACUGUGCUGUCAGGAAUUCUGACUUUAUUUCUGCCAGAAAGCUACGGCAGGCCUCUUCCGGACACAAUCGAGCAAAUGCUGUUGGUGAAAGGAUUAGAAUACAGGCCUGCAUCUAGUAGCACAAGGGAUUCCAAGGAGGAAGAAGAAAAUCCGGAGAUUUUUAAAAGCACAGCUUUUUGAUGGAACUCCUGUGUACUUCCUGGCGGACUGAAAGUUAAAUGGACUUUUCUUCUAAAAUUCGUUCUAGAAAGGGCUAGUGGCAACACUUUGUUUCCUGUAAUUUUAACCUUAUUUAUUAAUUUAAACACUGUGUUCUGUACAUUCUCUUUUUAUAUGAAGAUAAAUACUGUAUAGCCUUUAAUGAGAUUUUUCAGCUCCAGUUGUUUUAAUGCAGUAACAUGGAACAGUAUCUGAUCAAUCCUUUGUAAUUUUAAGUGUAUAGUUCAGCUGAAAGAUACUUGAAAAUGAGUUGAAGGGCUGGCAGGGAGCCUGGAUUUCUCAGUGAACCUUCUCCAGAGCUAAUGGACAUCAACAAGCAAAAAUUGCCAGAAAAAGCUGCUAAUUGGUUUUGAUUCCUUGACUUCUGUCUCUGGGCAGGAAACUUAUUUAUUAGAGCAAAGGUUAUGAGAACGUGCCUCCCUGUGAUCUUACUCAAAUGACUUUGCACAUGCUGAAUUUGUUACCAAAUUCAGAAAGAUGCAAAGGAAGAUUUUGAGAAUUAAUUCUGACUUGCUGUGUUUUAACUCAACGUAGGGCUGUCUUGCACAAAGGAUUUGUAGCACUGAAGUUUUGCUCGUAAAAUUCACUUGGUUCCAAUGCUGGUUUUCAACUGUACCCAUGUGGUGAAGCUGUUUACAUCUGACCCUGCACUGUAUUUAUUUUAAAUGAUGCAAAAGGUUUCAUCUGUGUGUGGAGGGAGCGGUGUUAAUUUGGGGUUCUUCUCUUUCGAUGUGUGGUGGAAGUUUUACGUCUGAAUCAUUUUAAUGUCUUCUGUGCCAUUUGAAUGAUGGAAACAAUUCUCCGGUCUUUGUUCUGCGCUUUUCACACACGUGCACAUAUACACGCACACAAUUAAUGUAUUUAGAGAUAAAUUUUUGUGUUAAUCUAUGCCAGUGCAUUGACCUCAUGGUGGAAUGUCCUGAGAACAGAAUUCAGAAUACAUCUCUGACCUCUGGCUCUCCAUUCUCAAGUGCCAACUGUACGAUCUCUGUGAGGUCUGUUAUUUCACUUAACUCAUAUAUCGCUGAAUUGUUUUCAAAUUGCUUAAAAAAAAAUAAUAAUAAUAAUCUUGUUGACAAUCUGCCAAGAAAUUGUUCCUUGGGCUGUGGAAGCACCCUUGGCAUUACCUGUGUUUCUUUAAAUAUAUACAGUAUAUGCCUACAGCAAGUCUCGCUUGUGCUAUUCUGCUUAUACUUUGACAGAUGUGAGUGGCGAAAGAUUUGUCUUGUGGCACCUGUUUGUGUUUUGUUCUAUCUUGUAGAGACCUAAUAAACAGAACCUAAACCUUUGUAGCCAAAGCUUAGGGGCCUUACUCUCUGCUGUGGCUUUUUCCGACAGUAUUUAAAUAGGUAGCGUCGGCUGAUUCUAGUCUUUUGUUAAGCGAUACCCCGGAUUCUGGCCAUGGGAACCGGCUGCAGUAGAGGGACUGAUGUGCUGGUGUGUGCGCAGCUCCUCUUAAAAACUAGAAAUUAAAAAAACCUGCAUAGACUAUAAUGUUUUGUUUGGGUUUUGUGGUGUUUUGGGUUUUUUUUUAAACUCUUCCUACCAGUGUCUUGAGCUUUACGGUUUGCUCUGCUUUCCCUGCAUUGUCUUACCUACUCGUUUAGUAUUUUAAUUUGUGGAUGCAGCAGGAAGUUAGCCAGUGUUACCGGCUCAGAGAAUGAUACCCAGAAACAUAGUUUUCUCAUACCAUCAGCUCUUCUAAGAAGAAAAAUCCCAACGUUUGGGCAGGUUCGGUGUCACUCCUGUUUGAUGGGUUGACGGGGCGUUGGCAGGCAGGUUUAAAAUGCAGCAUGUGAUUUGAAGCCAGUGCAAAAAAUGAGAAUCUGGAUUUUGCAAGCCUCGCUGCACAUCUUAUAACAGCCUUGACAUGAGCAAAUAUGUGUCAGGAGAGUGCAUGUAACAGCCAGUCUUCCCUGCCCAAAAGACAUGAUAGAAUUUGUCAGGCUUAUCACUUUUUUUGAAAUAUUCAUUUAGAAUAUGUUCUGAGACUUGUUGCAGACAUUUUUCUUUGUAAACCUUAUUUCUAGGAACUGGAACACUUAGAAGCAGCUUUUAUUCUGUGUGUUGCAGAAGAAUUAUCUGAUAACCGCAGGAAUCUGAGACAAAACACAUUUAACUGCAGCUUCCUUGUAAUGCGUUUGCCAAUGUAAACAACUGUGUCCCAUAAGUCUCUUCCUGUAAACUGUUUCAGAAAAUAUCCUGAAAUGUAAGAUACGUGCUUGCCUGAUACAUGAUCUAGUAUGGAAAUUCCUGUCCUGAAGUGCAGAGUCCUAUUAACGUCUGAUUUAGCUGUAACUUCUUAUCCACUGUUUUAUCCAGGUAUGUGCCUUGACAGUGAGACUUUUGUUCUUGAAUGUUUAAAUAGUCUAAUAUUUACUAAAGGUUUUUGUGGGUUUUUUUGGUUUUUUGUUGGUUUUUUUUUGUUAAUCCAGACAAAUUGGGGAACUUCCUGGUUAUGACAUACUGCAAAACAUAAUGGCAAUCUUUUGUGUCAAAAAAAUACUUUUUUUUUUUGUCCUUUCUCAUUUUUUUUUAAAAAACAAAAAGUAUGACUCAGAAAUGUAGAAUAUAUUUAAUAUAGCAUCCUGAGUUAUUUUGUAUUUGCAAGUUUGUCUCUAAAACAAGGAGCUUGUUCUAGUGGGUAGGCAGAAUCCAGCUAACAGGUAUUUCCAAAAGAAAUUGGGGGAAUAUUUUAAUAUGGGUAGGUGAUGUGAUCUGUGCAGAUACGCUGUAGAUAAAAGGACCUGAUCCAGUUGUUGGCCCGUCCUAGAGGUCGGGUUGGCAGUACGAAGCGUGGCUGCAGAUAGACCUGCAGAACCAAGCACCGGCUUUGGGAGGUGCCUGCCGAGCGUCACAUUUUCAGAUGUGACCAGCUCCUAAGUGACAUAUGGUUUCAUUAAUAGACAUGUUUGUUUAAUUAAUUAAUAGACAUGCUUGGGGAAGAGUGGCUGGAAAGCUGCCCAGCGGAAAAGGAGCUGGGGAUGUUGGUCGACAGACGGCUGAAUACAAGCCAGCAGUGUGCCAAGGUGCCCACCAGCAUCCCGGCCUGUGUCAGCAAAAGUGUGGCCAGCAGGACCAGGGCAGUGACCGUCCCCCUGUACUGGGCUCUGGGGAGGCCCCACCUCGAGUGCUGUGUCCAGGUUUGGGCCCCUCACAACAGGAAAGACCUUGAGGUGCUGGAGCGUGUCCAGAGAAGGGCAACGGAGCUGGCGAGGGGUCUGGGGCACAAGUCUUGUGAGGAGCGACUGAGGGAGCUGGGGGUGUUCAGCCUGGAGAAAAGGAGGCCGAGGGGAGACCUUCUCGCUCUCUACAACUGCCUGAAAGGAGGGUGUAGCCAGGGGGGUCGGUCUCUUCUCCCAAGGAACAGGCGAUGGGACAAGAGGAAACGGCCUCAAGUUGUGCCAGGGGAGGUUUAGGAUGGAUAUUAGGAAAAAUUCCUUCCCUGAAAGGGUUGUCAAGCAUUGGAACAGGCUGCCCAGGGAAGGGUUUGAGGCACCAUCCCUGGAGGUAUUUAAAAGUCGGGCAGACGUGGUGCUGAGGGACAUGGGUUAGUGAUGGUUUUUGUCAGUGGUAGGUUGAUGGUUGGACUUGAUGGUCUGAAAGGUCCCUUCCAACCAAGACAAUUCUGUGAUUCUAUGAAAAGCCCUGGCUUUCCCAGAGCACAGCAGAGCAGGUCCUUCACCACAAGCCAGCACGCUAGGCAAGACUGGUAUUUAGGUGCAUUAAAAUACUGGUACUAAAAACUAUCAACCCUUUAAAGAAGGGAUAAUCUGUAUGUGAGGUGGGACUCAAGGCUCUCCCGUGCAUCCCUCACUCACCAUGAGGCCAAGAGAAGAAUCUCCCACGUGGACCGUGACUCAUUUCACAACACUCACACAACAGCUCUGCGGGGGUGGGUGAAACAUGUCUCAAAAAUGUAAGUUACAUAGUGGUCUGUUUGCAGCGGAAGAUCAGAGAGUCAGUGCCGGUCCUGCUGCACAGCAGCAUAACACAGGGUGACAUGCCAACAUGGAAUCGCAGAAUCCCUUAGGCUGGAAAAGACCUUUACGAUCAAAUCCAACUGUUAACGUUGCACUGCCAAGUCCACCACCAAACCACGUCCCUCAGCACCAUGUCUGCCUUCCAGCUCUCAGACCGGCUCCUUUCGUCACCUUGGCCAUGUUGCCUAAUCCCGUGACUUCAGUUUCUUUGCUUGCCAGUGGAAAUGCCGUUGACUCAAAAGGCAACAUAAUUUCUUGUGAUAUUCACGCUCCACAGUCUGUAUCCGUUAAGAUUCUCUGUUUGACUCCCCUGGCGGUGAAUGUAACGCUCAUGUGAGCACCAUUUAGUAUUUCAUCUUUCGGAAACGGGAAACUUUGGAUGAUUUCUGAUGCUAUUUUUGUUAGGAGGUGUGAACCCCUCCUCCCCCGUUUCCAAGUUACCGUUUGGAAGAAGGACACGUGGGGAGGUGGUGCAUUGCCCAGGGAAUUGGACUGCAGUAAAUCAAGCAAGGAUUGGGUUUUGAAUGCUUAAUUAUAUUCUUUUAAUUGCACAACCCCUUCAUAGUUCUACAGAAAACUGCCUGUGGUGUGCUGCCGGUGAGAGGUUACUGAACAUUGUCACUGUGCACCCAACUACAUUGUAAAAAUACUGGUUUGUUCAGAGGAUUUUCAUUUUGAGGUAGAAGGAUGCUAACACUGUAUUGCUGAUCUGAUGGAAUUGGAGAUUAACGUGGGUUCUACCCAUCUCUGCUUUACAGCCGGCUCCGUUUUACAGCCUCACCCAGAGGGCUCUUCUUUUAACGCUCUCCAGGGGCACGUGGAUGUGAGGAACCUGAUGGGACUGUCUCUGCGGAGAAACUUGUGUUUCAGUAUUUGUAGAAUAGAACCUCAGUCUUGGCAGUUGUGAACGGUUUUCUCAAAGCAUCAAAUCGGCUCGUGCACCAUAAUGCCUUACUUACAAAUGCCUUUGGGGGUACCUUAAACUAGUAACAGCCACAGCCUUGUAUAUCGAAAGAUAUAGAAGUUUCUUCUAAGAAUGUAAAUAUUCCUAACUCUAACUGAAUUGAUUCUUACCCUAGUUUUUUUAUAGAAAAAUGCUUGUUAUUUGUAAAAUUCAGAAUAAAA